CCGCCGCUGAAUUGGCACAAAUGGCUAGUGUUGCUGCUCGGAUUGGCUUUGUCCGCUUGGCCAAUUGCCUGCGAUUAUAGUUCCAUCACCGAGAAAUUUGGAGCGGAAGCCGUUGCUCGAUGCAAUGAAAAGUGUCCCUUCCAGAAUCGCACCGCAGAUGGCCACUUCGACGUAAAUUGUGGUUCCGACUGCAGUGUGCAACAAUGUCGAUUGGGAUGCAGCUUAUGGCAAUUGGGCUUAAAAAACUCCUGCCAGAAUGUUUGUAACGUGACAUCGGAAACAGUAUUUUCUAGGGAAUUAUACUGCGUGAUGGGUUGCAAUGAGGCUCUUAAUACUUACUUACAAAAGUUAAGAGAACUAAUCGGCAUACCGAGUGCGCCUGCGUUGGUAGCAGACAGCCUAACUGCCCGCUCGCUGUCGCUGGUGUGGGAGGCUCCAGGUGUGGCCAACUUGAGCCACCUGCUGCAAUGGCGCUACGAGGAGUUGUCCGGCACAUGGCAGUUCUACUCCAACGCGAGUCACGCCGACCGCUCAAUCAUACAUGUUGAUAAUCUGCGGCCGUACACUAAAUACAGAUUUCGUGUGGCGAUCUUCCUGUCUGGUCGUGUGAGUAGCGGCGAGCCGGUGUACUCCGCGCCCUCAGUGGUCAUAUCUACGCUGGAGAGCGGCAAGCCGGGCUCGCCGCCCGCCGCCCUGCGCGCCGCCGCGCCCGACCCCAGCCGCGUCGCCAUCUCCUGGCAGCCCGGCCCCUUCCCCAACGGACCUCUCAUCUCGUACGUGCUGCGACUUGCCGACACACAGCCCAACACCAAUGACGCUCUGGAGGACAUGCCAGCUUCGAACAAGACAUUGUUCUACAUGUUCCAAAACCUGGCGCCGGCGCGCGAGUACGAGGUGUCCGUGGCAAUGCGCAAUGCGGUCGGCGAGGGACCUCGCGCUUAUGUCAGAAUUUCGACACCUCCUUUACCUAAAUCUGUUCCCAGUCAACAGCCGAUUCUUAUACUAGGCGGGGAACGUAACAUUUUAGCUGCGCCCGCAAACGACAUACUCGCAGAUCCCAUUGAACUGUACACAACCAAUGAAACUAUUACUGGUGUUGGGUUGGAUAUUUCCAGCGACUGUCUAUUUGUUUCUGUAUCCAGUGGUUUCGUGUAUCGCAAUUCUUUAUCGAAGAGAAGCACCUCCCACGCUAUAGUUACCCCGAAGAAUACGUACAAACCUCUAGAUCUGUCCGUAGAUUGGUUAAAUGGACAUUUAUAUAUCCUUGGCGAAGUCCAUUACGCAAGAGAUGGCAGUUUAUCCAACACGUCGCUGUAUUCCAGUUGGGAAAUAAUACGAUGUGAUUUUGAAGGGAAAAAUCAGAUAGUAGCAUUGUCAGGGUUUAACUCGAGACCGAUUCAUUUUGAAGUGGACGCUUAUAAUGGGUAUUUGUUCUGGGCGCUGCGUGGGGUGGAACACGGGGGUUUGUACCGCUUGGACCUAGCCAACAUUUCUAACGGCGUGCCGCACAACGCCACUCUCAAGUGCAUAGUCAAGGACGCGCACCUCGGGGCCUUCACUGUCGACCACGCAGACUUCAGGCUACUCGUGGCACACCUCAGGCGGAACACAGUGCUGGCUGUGUCUUUGGAUGGGCGAGCCGUGUCAGACUUCAGGCCUAACACGCAGACGCCGAUGUUCUCAUCUGUGAGAUCGAUAGCAUACAGUGUAAUGGGCAUCGACCGCGCAAAGGUGUCCUGGUCCCCGCCGCACCUGCUGGGCCACCAGGGUAAUGGCGCCUGGCAACAGUGGACCUUUCAUCUGCAACUGACGCAAAUGGAUUCUGGGAUCACUAUAGACUUUAAAAACAUCAACGAAUCCAUGUAUGUGGUAAAAGAAUUAAAGCAAGACACGGAAUAUGUUAUCAAAGUUGCGGCGGAGACAGAGUCGGGAUCAGGACCGUGGUCGUCAGAAUUCGUUGGUAAAACGUUGGCCUCUACGCCGACAACAUUGCACAGCACUUUGCUGUGGUCAGGGCCUGAUGGUCUGCUGCAAACAGACUUGACUGGAGACAACUUGAAAACAUUGAUACACAGUGGUAAUUUGAAGAACUUGUAUAUAACGGACAUAUCGUGGUACCGCGACAUGAUCUACCUGGUGACGAACGCGUCCACCGUGAUGUGGUACAACUGUACUUCUACUGAGCGUGGUUUGCUGCCCGCCCUCGACAACGUCGCCAGCCUCGCAGUCGACUGGGUCGGACAUAAGAUAUAUUGGUCCAAUCCUAAGCAGCAGUUGAUUAGUCGUGGUAACUUCGACGGCAGCGGGCGCGAGCCGGUGCCCAUUGUGACGGUGGCCAAAGAGCUAACCAUCGACUCGCUAGCUGCCUACAUCUACUGGAGCACUGGACACGCCGUCGAGGCCGCGCGACUCAACGGAGAAAACAAGAUCAUUUAUUAUCCUGCACAAUUAUUUAGUGGAAAACAAGUAAUGGGACUAACGGCGGACUUGGAGAAGAAAUGGCUAUACUGGUUGGUGAGAAGCUACGACGGUUCAGAGCUGCACCGAGCGCCGACCGCUGACAAAAUAACUACAGGAAUUAGCGAGGUCUGUGCAUUUAUGUCGUUGUUUUGGUAUGAAGAAAAUGCUCACCCCGGUUUGGGCACGCUGAUGACUUCAAGGAUCAAUGGAUCAGACAUACGCUCAUUUUUCUCCAAUCACGAUGAAGGUCCACACACACGCAGCAACUGUAACUGUCCAGAAAAUCCUCAAGCGGCUAAAGCUUUCACACUCGAUAUGACGAAAGACGACAUAGAAUUAUACUGGGUAGAUCCCUGGGUGCAUCAAAUUGUUGCCUCGGAUAUGGCGGCAUGCAAAUGUAGAGUAGUCGUAGACGCGUCGAAGAAAAGAUACGGCUUCACGCCGAUGGCGAUCACCGUCGAUAGCAAAUAUAUUUAUUGGUUUAAUUCAACGGAAAAGUCUAUCUAUUACACGAACAAACUGACGAAGAGUGAGAUAGAACAAGUGAAAGCAUUUUACGGGUAUAAGAUAGUGACGUUGGACCCGGCCACGCAGCCGUUCCCGCCCCGACAGUGCUUGUUCCCGAAGGCACACGACCUGCAUCCCACAGUCAUAUCUAAUUCCGCCAACAGUCUGUCGCUGCAAAUGCCGAAAGUUGGUAAACCUAAAUACUGCCAUCAGUAUAAUUAUGAAAUGGCUGCGAUCGAAUAUACCGUUUAUUAUAGUUUAAAAUCGUCAAACAAGGCUAUAGUUUGCGACAAGAAAACAUGCCCGUAUAAAAUGACCACAAGCUCUGAACUAGUUCUGAAUGAACUUACACCUUUCACCAAUUACUCGGUGAUGUUAGAAGCAACGAAUUACUACGCUAAGCUACAUGAAGUAGCACCAAUCGUUGGAACCCCUUUGAUCCUACAAACUGCUGCAGAAGCACCGACAGCUCCGAAAGACGUGAAGGCGACCGUGCUGAGCCCGGUGCUGGCGCGCGUCACGUGGACCCCGGACCCCGGACUCUGGUACGAGUUGCACUGGGGCACGGACGACUCCUCCUCGUUGCCCUUAAAAGAGCACAAUACAUUCGAGGUGUCGGAGGGCGGGAAACCGUAG